AUGAGUGCAUUCAAGGAGUCAGUGACGUUCAAGGAUGUGGCCGUGGUCUUCACUGAGGAGGAGCUGGGGCUGCUGGACUCCGCCCAGAGGAAGCUGUACCAGGAUGUGAUGCUGGAGAACUUCAGGAACCUGGUCUCUCUGGGCUUAGAGGUUUCUGGAAUGGUCACCUGA